UUUCCGGCUGAGUGAAGCUGGUCACAUACUGAAGAAGUUUAGUGUGAAUGAGAGUCGGUGCCUGCAGAAGCUGAUGGGUGAUAUCCUCAAGCCCUACGUGCCGGCCUAUUAUGGGGUGGUGGAGAAAGACGGCGAGAAGUUUAUCCAGAUGGAGGAUCUCCUGGCAGGUCUACACUCCCCCUGCAUCAUGGACUGCAAGAUGGGCACUAGGACCUACCUGGAAGAGGAGAUGACCAAAGACCGACAGAAUGUUGUUUACCGCAAGGACCUGUACCAGAAGAUGAGUAAAGUAGACCCUAGGGCACCGACAGAGCAGGAACACGGGCAGGCCGGGGUGACCAAAGUGCGUUACAUGCAGUGGAGAGAGACCAUUAGCUCCACUGCCUCGCUUGGUUUUCGUAUUGAAGGAAUAACGAUGGACAAUGGGGUCGUUCUCAAAGACUUCAAGCAGACAAGAACCAAGGAGCAGAUUAUUAAUGCUCUGACUCGCUUCACUGACGGUUGCCCACAUAUCCUGGAAGCCUAUUAUAAUCGAUUACACGCCAUCAAGGAGGCAUUACUACAGUCUCAGUUUUUCAGAUGUCAUGAGUUCAUCGGGACCUCCCUGCUGUUCAUCCACGAGAAGAAGGGGCGGGUCAAUGUCUGGAUGAUCGACUUUGGCAAGACGACAGGACUGCCCGAGGGCCAGACCCUCCAGCACGACCUGGCCUGGCAGGAGGGUAACCGGGAAGACGGCUACCUUCUGGGUCUCGACAACCUCCUGGCCAUCUUCUCUGCCACCAUGGCCAAGCAUGAUGGCACGGCGCAACCAAGUGGCAAGGUCUAAGAGAGGCUGCUCAGUCACCAUUGGGUUGGAGGAGGGAGGGAGGAAAGACGACAUCUCUUGCGUGCCGAGAGUAAAGCUCCCCCUGCACUGUGCCCCCAAUCAAACUCUCCCCGGGACAGGGACAGCACAGGGUUAGAUACAGAGUAAAGCUCCCUCUACACUGUCCCCCCCCAUCAAACACUCCCAGGGACAGGGACAGCACGGGGUUAGAUACAGAGUAAACCUCUCUCUUCUAUGUCCCCAUCAAACACUCCCACAACAGGACAAAAAACAGAAGUUGCUGGAAAAUCUCAACAGGUCUGGCAGCAUCUGUGAAGGAAAAAUCAGCGUUAAUAUUUCGCGUCAGGUGACCCUUCCUCAGAACUCCAACAACAGGAACAGCAUGGGGUUAGAUACAGAGUAAAGCUCUCUCUACACUGUCCCCCAUCAAACACUCCCAAGGACAGGGACAGCACGGGGCUAGAUACAGAGUAAAGCCUCCUUCAUAAUUGAAUGUACAUGAUCACAGAGCAGUGAGUCUCAAUCUCAGAGUUGCUUUGUGAAGGGACAUAACGGAGACUUUGCCUGGUGUUCAGUGGCAGUCUCCUCAUUAAGCACUACAGCCACACACUGAAGUAUUCGACACCACUGCAGCAUACAAAGAUUAAUAAUGUUUCUGUAGCAACGCAUUGCAAACUUGCUUCGUGAUUAUUGACAGCUUCUGAUAAUUAUCCAACAGCGAUAAAUGUUUGUGUAAAAGCUACUUCGUUUUGCAUGCGUUCAGCAGAGCGGUCACCCAAGUCUGGUAUGAAUCCAGCAAUGGAUCUCCAUUUGUUGAAAGCCAGUGUGAAGUGGGGAAGGAAUAUAGACAGACCUUGGGUAGUGAGGGAAAGAACGAGGGAAAGAACUGGUUCGCAGUGAACUAUCUACUCAUGAAUGCCGUCAAUUAGACUGCAACAGAAUACUUCCUCAGCUUCAGAUUGUCACUUUUCAUUCAGCACUUUCAAAUUAUCAACACUUACGUAGAUUUGUGGGGGUGAGGACGGGGAAGUGAAUAUUAAUCUACUUGAAAAAGGGACUUCCUAAACCAGAAAACGCUUAAGGACCAUUACUCCCGUGGAAGGGCCAGCACCAGAGCUGAUAGGCUGAGUCGCCACUGCCACUAUUCUGUUGAUGAUUUGAUGGCUGCAGGUUAAAACACAAAGACCUGGACUUGCAUUUGUUGAAGCUAUUGAACUUGUUCCUGUUGACAUUUCUGAAUGUGAUGUGUCCAUGUAUUCUGGGAAUUAAUGAUCCGGGUUUAAAUUUGACAGUUGGGGAAUGUAUUGUAUAGUGUGCGGCUUCCAUUUACUUUGUAGAUAUAUUCACUUUCUCUUAAGAAUUAAACAAAAAGCAUGUGAACUUA